CAUCAUUUACUCACCAUACUACUCUACCAACAACAAAAUUCUUGCCUUCAUCUUCCUUCCUUCAUCUGUUUGCAAAUGGCCGUAUUCAAGGUUUCCACUUCCACACUUUUGGUUUUAGUACUCAUCAUCAUCACUUAUGAUGCUGCUGGACAGGCACUCGCGAACGGAAAUGCAUCCAUGGCAGUAGUCCUUAACAAUAUUUCGUAUGGUAAUCAUUUCGUGCACGCACUCCAACAAAAACACAAUCAUCCCAACAUUUCUUCUGUUGGACGAUUUUCUACUUGGAUCCUUGUCAAUUAUACAGAGAUCGUUACAAAUGUUGCCUGUUUUAUUUCUCUCACCGGUGACUCCAAGUGCACCAACACUACCAAUCUCUCUUUCAACAAAGAGACCCAAGCCGAGAGUUUUGCACACAGAGCUGCUGCACCUGCAUCAAACUAGUGCUGUUUAGGAAACAAUAUUAUGUGUGUAAUUUUCUUUGUUUUUAUGUGUGUUAUUUCGUGUGCUGGUCAAGCUACCAUUUUCAUAUUUUUCUUUGUUUUCGUGUGUGUGUGUGUGGGUUAAGUACUUUUGUUUCUCAACUGUGAAGUGUUGUGCCUGUACUUUACCCUUUUCAAUAUGAUAUAAAAAUAGAAAUGUUGUUCAUGUA